AUGGCCGACGACGUCGAGCGCAACGGCUGGCACGCCGUGCCCCUGGACCCCAGCAAGAUCUUCCACGGCGGCAGGCCCUUUGUCAACGAGCCCACGGCCGUCCGCGUCAACGACGUCGUCUUUCCCGACGAUGACGCCGUCGUCGCCUUCGUGCGCGACCACGUCAGGGAGAAGCUCCCUGACAAGACCUUCAACCACUCGAUGCGGGUGUACUACUACGCCACCGCCAUCCUCAGGGACCAGUUCCCCGAGCGCAGCCAGCAGCUCUCCCCCGUGACCCUCGCCCUCGCCUGCCUGCUCCACGACAUUGGCACCGCGGACGAGCACAUGGCCGCGUCGCGCAUGUCCUUUGAGUUCUACGGCGCCAUCCAGGCGCGCGAUCUACUCCUUGCCAGGGGCUGCCCGCGGGACCGGGCCGACGCCGUCUGCGAGACCGUCAUGCGCCACCAGGACCUCGGCGUCGACGGCACAAUCACCUUUCUCGGCCAGCUGAUCCAGCUCGCCACCAUUUUCGACAACGUGAGCGACCACCCGGCCGUCGCAGACUUUGGCCAAGUACUGCACCCGGAAACGCGCGAGGACGUCAUCGCCGCGUUCCCUCGCCGCGGCUGGCUGGGCUGCUUCGCAGACACAGUGCGCCGCGAAAUCACCCAGAAGCCCUGGUGCCACACUACGCACAUACCCGACUUCGCGGCAAAGAUAAGGGGAAAUAAACUCAUGGCCCGAUAUGAGUAG